AUGUCUUCGCUCUACAGGCUCGGUCAAGUUUUGAAGGGCAGUGUAGGAGAGUAUGCGAUCUCCAAAGAAGUCCGUGAUUCUGUUUGGUUUGCACUGAACCGUUCCAGCCAAGAGCAGGUUGUGAUCAAAGCAGUCUCAAACCAUUACAGGGUUCAACAUGAACGCGACCUUCUCAGGAAAUUCGAAAGGAAAGUUCCACACCUCAGGCCAAUAAUCGAUGAGAUUCAUGAUCCUGCCGAACCAUUAGCCAUCGCGUUAAGGCAUCUCGAUGACGAUCUCCACAAGGCGUCCAAACAAAAGAUGCUUAAUCGCGAAGAGCUCAAAUACGUCUCUAAACGGAUACUAGAGUCACUAAAAGCGCUACAUCAAGAGGGUUUUGUUCAUACUGAUGUCAAGUUGGACAAUAUUCUUGUCAAUUAUGGAACGAAUGAUGCGAAUAACCGCUUUUCAGCUGUGGAACUUAGUGAUCUGGGCUCUUGCUCUCAGGUAGACUCCAAGUUUGCCAAAGAAUGCCACAGCAUAGGCGCUCCGCUUUGGAGAAGCCCCGAGGUCCUGAUUAGCGUGCCGUGGAAUACUGCGACAGACAUCUGGUCCUUCGGACUCUGUCUGAUCUCGCUGAUAUACGGAGGCGAGUGGCAUAUUCUACGGCCAAAAGUGUCGCACGACCAUGAAGACUUUGACUGGCUCAUUCUAGUCAACAUGUUCAGAUGGUUUGGACCUAUCCCAGCCAAAUAUCGAGAGCUCAUCGGUGACAAAGAAGAUUCGGAUUCGGAUAAAGUAAUCCAGGCUCUUUUCAAUACGGUUCCGAAGGACGAACGAGGUUCGUUCAAUAGAGCCUCUCUGAAAGAGAUCCGAAUCCAAGACAGAGAUCUCAUUCUCAAUAUCAUGAAAAUGGAUCCUCGAGAUAGACCGACUGCGGAAGAGUUGUUGCAAGAUCCCUGGUUCGAAGUGAUUGAGGAGGCUGGCGUUUGGGAUACUUUUAACAAGGAUGUAUGA